CAUACAUGGUAGUCAACAAAGGAGGCGAUCACUCCCAUCUCUCUUCUUCUUCCUCCUCUCGAGCUCAAGUCAUGGGGACCACAUCUAACACCGACCGCCUCCACUUCGUUCUCAUCCCAUGGCUCGCCCCGGGCCACAUGCUCCCCAUGAUCGACAUCGCCUGUUUGCUCGCCGAGCAUGGCACGACCGUCACCGUCGUCACCACCCCUGCCAACGCGUCUCGCAUCGGUCCGACCAUCGAUCGCGUCGCUGAUUCCGGCCUCCCGGUCUGCUUCGUCUCCCUCCGUUUCCCGGCCGUCGAAGCAGGCCUGCCGGAGGGCUGCGAGAGCGUCGACGCCAUCCCUUCCAGCGACUUGAUGAUCAACUUCUUCAAUGCUGGCAAACUCCUGAAGCAUCCCCUUACAGAUCAUCUCCGCGGCUGCCGUCCUGCUCCGAGCUGCGUGAUCACGGGCACGCACCAUGCUUGGGCCGACGAUGUCGCUCUCGAGUUCGGAGUUCCCUGCCUCGUCUUCCGAGGCUACAGCUGCUUCUCCCUCCUCAGCGUCGAGAACCUGCACCUGUACAAGACCCACGAGCUCGUUCCUUCAGCGACGGAGCCUUUUGUGCUGCCGGGCUUGCCGCAUCGUGUGGAGAUCAAAAGGUGUCAGCUGCCGAGGCACAUCGAGAGAGCACAUCGCUUCGCGGAGAUGUUCAAGGAGAUCAGGAAUGCCGAAUCGUCGUCGGACGGCAUCGUCGUCAACAGUUUCGACGAGUUGGAGGUUGGAUAUGGUGAGCGUCUGGCAAAGGCGACAGGGAAGAAGGUGUGGAACAUCGGGCCGGUUUCGCUGGUCUGCAACCAAGGGAGGCAAGACAUUGCCCGAAGGGAAGACAAGGCCUCGGUCGACGAGGCGCAAUGCUCGCGUUGGCUCGACUCUUGGUCGCCGGAAUCAGUUAUCUACGUGAGCUUCGGCAGCAUGGGCAGCUUUGCGCCGUCGCAGCUGAUAGAGCUGGGCUCGGGCUUGCUCGCCUCGGGCAGGCCUUUUGUAUGGGUGAUCAAGGUGGGGAGGACAUGGACAGAGGAGACGCAGACGUGGAUGUCGGAGAGAGUCGAGGGGAACUCCAAGUGCCUGUUGAUCAAGGGAUGGGCACCGCAGGUGAGGAUCCUGUCCCACCCAGCGGUCGGCGGGUUCGUGACGCACUGCGGGUGGAACUCGACGCUCGAAGGGGUCUGCGCCGGAGUUCCAAUGAUAACGUGGCCCCUUUUCGCGGAGCAGUUCCUUAACGAGAAGCUGAUCGUAGAGGUCUUGGCGAUCGGAGUCUCUAUCGGCGUCGAGAAGCCGACCGAGUGGGGAAAACUAGUGGAGGAAGAUGUAGUGGUGGUGACGAAAGGAGAACUGGCGAAGGCUGUGGAGAUAUUAAUGGAUAAAGGAGAACAGGGCGAGGAGAGGCGGAAGAGAGCGAAAGCUCUGAAGGAGAAAGCAAUGAGGGCCAUGGAGGAUGCUGGAUCUUCUCACCUGAACAUGGAACGGUUGAUCCAAUACGUAGCAGAGCAACUUGGUGAGCAUGCCAUGGAUUUGUGUUCUUGAUGAGUCUUGUC